GUGCGAUUUGGGUUUGCAAGGAUGUUGGGGAGCAGGGAUGAAGCUGGAACUGUUGCAUUGCUGGAGGGGCAUCGUUGGGACUUUGGGGGUGAUGGUCAGCUGAGUUAGCUAGUGGGUGGUGUGUUCUGGGGUUAGGAGUUGGGCUAGCAAAAGAUUUUAGGGGUGCAGGCAAUGGAAACGAAGCACUUGCAGCUUUGGAGGGGUGCAGCUGGGAUGUGUGAGGUGUGUUUAUUUGGAGUCAGGGGUGUAACUGGGGGAGAUUAAAUAUUUGUGACUUUGGGGUCUGGAGGGGUGCGGCUUAGACAAGGAAUGCCAGAAACUGAGGCAGCUGCAGUUUGGACAUUAGGGGGAAUCACGCAGGUGGUAUUGAAAAAAAGGAGGCAUAGAUGGGCUUGUAGGGGACAUCAAGAGGGGGGCUGACACAGUGGGGCUGGAAGAGGCAAAAGGGGACUUGGGGGUGGUUGUACGGGAAAAGGGCAACGGACUCAGGAGUGCUGGUGUUGAAAUUUGGGGGCUGCUAGAUUUGGAGUAGGUGGUGGAUUUCAGGUGGAAUUUGGAGGCAGUGAACGGUUGUAGCUGGAAUAGGGGUCAGGAUAGGGCCGUAGCUCAGUGCUUAGCAUGCAGAAGGUCCCAGGUUCAAAUCCUGGCAGCAUCUCCAGGCCUCGAUCGGGAGGCAGAGCCCACGGGUGGUGUCCUAUCCUGCCCGUAACCUAUGCCCUGGGAGACCCAGCCUUCAUACCACAGCAGUGGUGUCCAUGGGCUCAGCUGACCACCGCUUCAACCUGGCUGAGAUCCUGUCCCAGAACUACGGGGUGCGGGAAGAGACAGAGGAGGAAGAACACGCGCAGGGAAAAACAAAGCCUUUGGAAGAGCUAGAAAAGAGCUUCAAUGCCUCCCAGAACAGUGAAAUGCCAUUUGAGGAGCUGCUGGCACUGUACGGCUACGAGGCCUCCGACCCCGUCUCCGAGCAGGACAGCGAGAGCAAUGAUGUCACACCCAACCUUCCAGACAUGACCUUGGACAAGACAAAGGAACAGAUUGCCAAGGAUUUGCUUUCCGGGGAAGAGGAAGAGGAGACACAGUCUUCUGCUGACGAUCUAACCCCUUCAGUCACUUCCCAUGAUGCAUCAGAUCUUUUCCCCAACCAGCCUGGCUCGAACUUCCUUGCUGACGAAGACAAGGGUCCCUGCUCCUCCCCCUGCGCCUCCUUCUCGGCUGAGGACUCAGAAGAGGACUCCAUCCCUCCCAAUGACUGCAAGAAGGAGAUCAUGGUUGGACCCCAGUACCAGGCGGCCGUCCCCCUCCUCCACUUAAACAGGCACGGGGAGAAAGUUUACGAAAAUGAUGAUCAGUUGCUUUGGGAUCCCAACAUCCUGCCCGAGAGGGAGGUGGAGGAGUUCCUGUACCGGGCCAUCAAGAGGAGGUGGGACGAGGUCUCUAAUGCCAGCCUGCCGGAGGGAGAGGUGGUGAAGGACAACGAGCAAGCGCUGUACGAACUGGUGAAAUGCAACUUCAAUGCCGAGGAGGCCCUGCGGCGGCUGCGGUUCAAUGUGAAGGUCAUUCGAGAUGAACUCUGCGCCUGGAGCGAAGAGGAGUGCCGGAACUUCGAGCACGGCUUUCGGGUCCACGGGAAAAACUUCCAUCUCAUCCAAGCCAACAAGGUCCGCACCCGGUCGGUGGGCGAGUGCGUGGAAUACUAUUACAUGUGGAAGAAGUCGGAGCGAUACGACUACUUCACCCAGCAGACGCGGUUUGGAAGAAAGAAGUACGUCCCCCACCCUGGAGCCACAGAUUAUGCGGAUAACUUUCUAGAUGGUGGCGAGGUCGAGGGCGCCAGCCGUUCACGCAGCUCCCCGCCCAUCCCUUCCGCCACCAGCUGCCUGGACUCUCGCUUCAACCCUGAUCACCUAACGAUGGAGAGCACAGAGCCCUUGAGCAUCGAGAGCGCAGGAUGCAGCCUAGGCAGCACGAGCGAGUCAGGUCACGGCUACGAGUGCAGCACCCCUUCGGAAACAAACUGUUCCUUCGACCCAGCCGAGGAGGCCCCCAUGGGGAGCAGCAUGCCCGCUUAUCUGCAACAUCCGCCAACCCCCUCCGAAGCUGGGUUCUACCAGUUGGCCGCGGCAGGCAAGCAGGAACCCUUGCGAUGCUCGGGGGAGGCAAUUGCCGUGGACUUCACCCUCCCAGGGAACGUCACGGAGGGGCUGCCUUUAAUUUCCGGCCACGUGGGACUGGACAGGGGUCCAGAGACGUUGCUGGCCCCCGCUCAAGUGUCCUUAUCGGUCACGGAUUUCAGCAUCCUUGGCAUUGGAGAUGUAAAUAGCUUCCUGGCCACUCAGCAGACCUGCCCGGCGCCAACAGCUCGCUCGGACUCCGUGUCGCAGUGACAGAACCCAUGGAUGGGACCGUUGCAGGCCAAACGUUGACUCUCGACAAAACUGGAUUGCAUUCCCUUGGGGGCGCGGAGGCGAGUUAGAGUGAUUGGUCGAUCGUCAUCCUUUCCCCGAGCCGCAAGGGCAGGUUGAAAUCAUUGGUCGGUCCUCGCCGAUCCAGGCCGCAGGAAUGUCCACUGAUCAUUCUGCCCACCCGUGACGUUUCGAUUUUUUUUCUCUCCAGCAAAACCAAACGCCUCCAUUGUACUCUCGCGCAGCUUCGUUAAGCUGGAUGGAGGGGAACCUGUGACCCCCAUGGGGUCAUCACAGACCGGGAGGCCAAAGCCAUGAAGGGGCGGACAGAGUCCUCCGCCCACCCCGCACCACAACCACCAAACCCCUGUACGAGCCGAGCAUCCGCUGUCGCCCGCCGAAGAUGCUCCGGCACAAAGAGGGAUGCCCUGGAGUGAAGAAGGGUUACCACGAGCAUUUGGGAGGAGCCUAGAUUGGGGUGGGGCGGACAGUCUCUCGACUCCUGGAAACGGACAUGAAAUGCAGCUGGCCGUAGAGGUCAGAAACGGGCUGAGGGACCCCCUCAGGUUUUCAGUUGCGGUGGCUGAAAUUGGUACCUCCCUCUUCAUGUUUUUCUGUUCCCCUGUAUGAUUUCAGGGGGAACUUGCCAAAUUGUGAGAGCGGACGUCUCACGCAGGUGGAGAAGGCAGCUGGCAAGGAGGGCCUUAGAGGGUGCUGCUCCUCUGCCGAAGCGGUGUGUGCUCACAGCCCCAGCAAAGGAGGGCAUUCCCACCCUGGGCACAGACGCUGCUAGCUGUCAGGAAGGGACCGUUGUCCUCGAGACAGGGCAUCCUCCGCCACAUGGGAAUAUAUCCAGCCCUCCGGUGAGCCCCAAAGCAUCAAUUCCACGGCAGAGGGCAAUCGCAGCAGGCGGGGAGGAGAGGUCAAAAUCGAAAGAAUGUGUUUCCUUGCGCCAGAGUUCCACUGGUUCCGAAGAUGUGGAGUCUGAUGGCCACAGGUUGCUGCUUCUGUGUGCCAAACGGGGACAGGUGUGAGCAUGGGAAAUGGGCCCCCUCUUGACUGCUGGGGCUGGUCAGGAACAUUAGGGGAUUGGCAAGAGGGGAGCCCAUAUGCACAUCCUUCCCUUUCACUUUAUCUAUUUCCUUCCCCCUCUCCUCAGCCCCAAGUGCAAGAAAGACGUGACCCUCGCUGGAUUUUGACGGUAAUAUGGUCAGUCGUCUCUUCUUUUUAAUCGUGAGCCGUUGGGGGCAGAUUGUCACGAUCAUACCCUCAAUCCGCUCCCUUCCCCGCCGCACACACCCUCCUGCAGCCAUCCAGAAUACAUGAAUUUUUACCUUUUUCUCCUCUGCCCUCGUCGGUUCCAUGAUGAAGAAGAGGGUCUUGGAAAAGGUGGGAAGUGAAUGGAAAGCCGGAAUGGGGAAAUCCAGCUCCCAUUACUUUCUCCCCGGUUCAUCUCUGCACGGCCUGCUCCCCACUCCAAGGGCAAUUUCUGGGUGUUUUUAAUGGGCCAUCCUACCGUCUUUCUGUAUCAGGUUGCCAGUUUAAUGCACUCUCGGUCUUACUGGCUUUUUUAAUCUGAAGGGAUGUUGAAUCCCAGCUCCCAGCAGCCACAGCCCGCCAACCGGCUGCAUCGAACUACUGGAGAUUCUCAUAGAAACCUUGCGCUGACUGAGAAAAGCUAAUACGCGAAAUGGUAUCGGCAAGGCACUGGCCACACCCAGCUCUUUUUCCAAGCCACCGUUUGGAGGGGUUGCAAGCGAACCUCCGUGGCUAACAGAGGUUUUUGCACAAGACCUCCGAAUGCGGAAUGCAAGCUCAGAUCAACACAUGGCUUGGGGACGAGGGAUCUUUCAAGCACUGGUUUGCUGGUUCAGACAUCAUGGCAAGCUGUGAUUUGAGUGGCAGUGGGAGGAAGGAAUUGUCCUGGACAUGAGGGAGGUGGCAGGAGCAGGAGUGCAGGCUGUGGUUGAGAGCAGGGGUGUCCAGCCUUGGGUCCCCAGAUGUUGGACUAGAAGUUCCGUGGGUUGUAGUCCCAUGGGAGUUGUAGUCCAACAGCAUCUGGGGCCCCAAGGUUGGGCACCCCUGGUUUGGAGGAUUGUGUAAAUGCAGCCAUUCUAGGAAACACCUUGAGCCUCUUGCAUCGUGGCCCUUCCUUCUGUCUUGGCUAACAUUCACAUAAAUGCCCACACAUAUGUCCAUGCCCUCAGGAAGUUUUCUGUGGCUCAGAGAAGAUAAAAUAGUGUGAGGUUUGCCAGAGAACUUAAGGUGGAAAAGUCUACCAUUAUUUUCUUCCAUCACAAGUCAGCUGUUUCCUUGGCUGUCCUUCAGUUGGCUGCUAGCAAGUAGUUCUCAAUGAGGACUGGUGUGUUUACUACCAACUGUAUGGCCUGAGUUGUGAGACCAAUUCCUGAGCUUUGAUCUUGAUUGCCAUGCAGUUGAGAAUUAAAUGGGCUUUAUACAAGGGAAGUGCAAAUCUUGUCCUGCAUCCCACUGGGCUUUUAGCUCUGCACAUUUAAACUUUUAUUUUCGUCUUUUACCCAUCUCAGUCCAGUUUGCUGUUGUGGAUUUUGGCACGCCUAUUCACAACUCUCAGGGGUGGAAUUUCUUCCAAGGUACUUAGGCUUCCAAUGAAUGCUCUCUGGAUCCUGUAGGGUUAAAAGCCAGGCACUCCUUUUUAAUGUCAGUUUUAUUUUGCACCUUGGGUGGUUUUUAUUUUUAUUUUAUUUUUUGAGGAGGUGGGGAAGUUUAAUAUUUUCAUCCCUUGCUAAAAUGGUGUGUAGGCAUUCUUGCAUAGGUCAGAGGAAAGAUCUUAAGAAACAGCCUCUCCUUGGGGGGUGAAUGAGAACACAGUGGAGCAAAGCUUGCUUUCCCGUGUCAUUGGAGCCAGUUCCCCUCUUUUACCCAAUCCCAGAAUUGAAGGGAAAUUAUUUGCCUCCUUUUCUGCAUUCUAGUGUUUGAACACUAGAUGGCAGAAGUGUCACUUGUGGUUGCCCCCUACUGGCAGGAAGCUGGAGUUGCAACUGGGAGCUCUUCCUAUGUGCCCUUUGCUUCUGGAGAUGGCGGACUUUUAAAAAAUGGGUAGCAUCCACUGUGUUCCAUCCAAACUCCUUUUGUGUUUACGCUGGUUUGCAGAAUCAGGAGUAUCCAAACUGGAUGUCCUUCCGCACCUAGAAGCUGCUGUACACGGGAAACAAAAUGCAACCCACUUAAUCCCCACAUAAUAGCCCCUCCUGUUCAUGAUAUCAUUUUUCCUAAAGGGACAAAGUUCUAUGCUCUGUGCGUUCGCCACAUUUGAAGCACAUGCUCUUCCUCUCUCCACUGACCCUUCGCCAUCUCAUGAACUGUUUCCUUUGAAGCAAAACUAUUUCAUCCCCCCCCUUCCAUUGUCAUAUUAUAAUAUGUUUUAUUUAUAUAUCUAAAUAUUAAAAAAAAAAGUUGUUUACAGAUUGUGGGGAAGUGGUCUGUCUUAAAAAGGAGUACAGUGAUUGGGGAGGGGAGAGAGGCAUGAGCUUGGGCAGGCUUCGUUCGAGGCGAGGGGGGUUGUCGGGAUUUUGUGACGAAGCGCGGUUCCUUUCUCGAUCCUCACUGCCGCCGCCAUUGCUGCAGCCGGGAGCGUAGGGAGGGCCUCCACUGUGAAGUGAAUACUGCCUUGAAAUACCAUUCACCAUUUAUUUAUUUAAUUAAAAAAAGCCUCUGUUGGAAGAAUGA